AUGAGGGGCUUUGGGGCAGACGUGUCUUACUUCCCGUCCCCACAAACUCAUCCGGGUCUUCUGCCUUCUGGCCAAGGUGGGGCUGCUUCUCCUGGUUCCUCCCUUGGCCUCUAUAGUCCUGCAGAGCCAGUGCUGGUGGCCUCUGGUGGAGCAGGCCCUCUGAGCCAGAAAGCUGAGCAGGUGGUACCUGGUGCCCAGGCAGUGCCUGAAGCCAGACAGUGCCCUGGGGGUGCUAGCUGGGAGACACUGCCGAGGAAGGAGCACAGCCGAUACUGCCACACACUCUGCUUCAUGAGGCAGCUGGAGAGCUUGGGCUGGGAGGAUGGCUGCUCCAGAAACAGAGCUCCCCACCCGGUUAGCCCCAGCAGGCCCGGGCCCCUGCUGCAGUGUGGGCUGUCACCAGGGGUUCGGCCCAGGCCCUCUGAGGCAGGAGGGAAGGAGGCCGGCUCCCAGUCUGACAUCUGCAUCCUGACCCUGGCCAUGAUGAUCGCUGGCAUCCCCACCGUGCCUGUCCCAGGCUUGCGGGAAGAAGACUUGAUCCGGGCAGCUCAAGCUUUCAUGUUGGCCCAUCCGGAGCCAGAAAGAGCUGUGGCGGGGCCGCAGUGGGUGCAGGCACAGGCCCACACGGGCUCUGGGGAGAUUCCCUUAGUGAGACCCAGGAGGGGCCAGCCUCCUGGCUCCUGCUUGUAGUAGCUGGAUGAAAUAGCACCAGACACACA